AUGCUCGCAGAGUCGAACCUACGGCUGCAUAAAGUAGCAUCAAACAGCGAACAGGUGAUGGAAGCCUUACCUGAACAAGACCGUUCCAAGGACCUGAAGGACCUGGAACUCGGCGUCGACCCUCUCCCCCUCCAGCGAAGCCUGGGCCUAUCCUGGAACCUGGAAACGGACAGCUUUACCUUCUUAGUGUCCCGGGAAGAAAAGCCGUACACUCGAAGAGGUAUCCUGUCCACGGUCAACAGCCUAUACGACCCCCUGGGGUUCGUCGCUCCUGUCGUAAUGCAAGGAAAAGCAUUAGUGAGAGAACUGUCAACAGAGCAGGGGUGGGACACCCCACUCGACCCGGAGAAAGAGACUCAGUGGAACGCGUGGAAAGACUCCUUAAAAGCUCUGGAAGACCUGCACAUAAAGAGGUGCUACAUCCCCGCACUACUGACUUCAACUCAGAGGCGAGAACUCUGCAUCUUCUCCGACGCCUCCACGGUAGCCAUAGGCGCCGUCGCUUACCUGAGGGCAGUCACCGCUGACGGCAAACCACAUGUGGGCUUCAUCAUGGGUAAGUCCAGGCUGGCCCCCCGUCCUGCUCACACCAUCCCCCGCCUCGAGCUCUGUGCGGCCGUGCUGGCUGUUCAGAUGUACGAGCUGAUCAGAGACGAGAUGGACAUCGAUGUGGAUGCUGUCAGGUUCUUCACGGACAGUAGAAUCGUGCUUGGCUACAUCCAUAACUCGUCAAGAAGAUUCUAUGUCUACGUGGCCAACCGGGUGACCCGCAUCAGGCAAUGCACCCAUCCAGACCAGUGGUCCUACGUCCCCACGGACCUGAAUCCUGCGGACCAUGCUACAAGGUUCAUGCCGGCAGCAGAGCUACAGCAAAGCAGUUGGUUCUCCGGUCCCACCUUCCUCACACGCGAGACCGCCGAGGAGGCUCCAGAACCCAACGUCUUCACCCUCAUCGAACCCGAAGCAGACGCAGAGAUCCGGCCUGAGGUUGCAGUUCUGGCUACCAGAACCCUGGAUGCUCCUCUGGGCUCUGAGCGCUUCGAAAGAUUCUCUAGCUGGAAGAACCUCUGCAAAGCUACAUCCAGGCUUAUCCAUGUUGCCGCAUCCUUCAGAGGCAAUCCACCCAACUCAUCGCGCAACAGGUGGGGCUCUUUCAAGGACGCACUCACCACAAGCGAGCUGUCCCACGCAGAGACUGUCAUCAUCCGUGCUGUCCAGCAUGAUGCCUACCACACCGAACUCGAAUGCCUCAGAGAGGGCAAAGCGCUUCCGAAGCAGAGUCCCCUCAAGAAACUCAAUCCAGUGGCCGAAGAAAGCGGCCUGCUGCGGGUCGGAGGUCGCAUCUCGUCCGCCCCGGACCUGCCAACGGAAGAGAAGCAUCCUCUGAUUAUCCCACACACUCACCACAUCGCCACACUGCUGGUGAGGUACUACCACGAACAAGUAGUGCACCAGGGGCGUCACAUAACGGAGGGUGCCGUGAGAGCAGCUGGAUACUGGAUCGUCGGAGGUAAGCGCCUGGUGUCUUCUGUCAUCUACAAGUGCAUGAUCUGCCGCAAGCUACGCGGGCGCCUGCAAGAACAGAAGAUGGCCGACCUACCUCCCGACAGGCUCACUCCAGAGCCUCCCUUCACCCACGUAGGCCUUGAUGUCUUCGGGCCAUGGGCCAUUAUGACUCGGAGGACGCGAGGAGGAAGUGCGGACAGCAAACGCUGGGCAGUGAUCUUCACAUGCCUGUCCACCAGGGCUGUCCACUUCGAGCUCAUAGAGUCCAUGACCACCGACAGCUUCAUCAAUGCCCUGAGAAGAUUCUUCGCCAUCCGGGGCCCGGCCAAGCUUCUCCGCUCCGACAGAGGGACUAACUUCGUCGGUGCCUGCAAGGAGCUGGGCAUCGACACCGAGGACUCACCAGUUACAACUUACCUCCAGAGCAGGGGGUGCUCCUGGGUCUUCAACCCGCCCCAUUCUUCACAUAUGGGGGGGGCUUGGGAAAGACUCAUCGGCGUCGCCAGGCGCAUCCUGGAUGCCAUGCUGCUCCAGACCGGACACACUCGCCUGACACACGAGGUGUUGAGCACUCUUAUGGCCGAAGUCAUGGCCAUAAUGAAUGCGAGACCCCUGGUGCCUGUGUCCUCCGACUCCGACGAGCCCAUCACCCCGGCAAUGCUCCUGACCCAGAAGAUGAGCACAGUCUCCGCGCCCUCUGGAAACUUCCAGAUGGCUGAACUGCAUGGGAAGCAGUGGAAACACGUCCAGUGCCUCGCAAACACCUUCUGGAAGAGAUGGAGGAGAGACUACUUAUCUACGCUGCAGAGCCGCCGAAAGUGGACCGACGAAAGGCCAAACGUCAAGACCGGCGACGUCGUCUUGCUCAAGGACAGUCAAGCCCACAGGAACGAAUGGCCUGUGGGAGUGAUCGUCAACACGCUGCCGAGCCGGGACAAGAGGACCCGGAAGGUGGAAGUAAAGAUCGUGAGAGACGGAACUGUUAAAGUCCUUCUGAGACCCAUCUCAGAGAUCGUCGUUCUGCUUUCUGAUGAAAGCUAGAAGACCAUAUCCUUUUGAACCUUGAGUAUUUUGUG